UCAUACUCUAUCUUUAUCUAUCUAUCUAUCUAUAUAUCUCCCUUUAUCUCUCUAUUUUUUUCAUUAUAAGUAACACACACACACACAAGAACUUACAUAUAUUUACACCAGCUCUUCUAUUUGCUUCUUUAAUUCUUGGUGAUGGGAGACCAGAAAUUGGUGUUGCCACCAGGGUUUGAGUUCGAUCCAACUGACGAGGAAUUAAUCGUCUACUUUCUGUGCCGAAGGGCUGCAAGCAUACCUUGUUACCCUAACAUAAUUCCUGAUCUUGAUAUUUAUGCAGCUGAUCCUUGGGAGCUAAACGAGAAGGCGUUUUCGAGUAAACGGGAAUGGUAUUUCUUCAGUCGAUGGAGGCAGAAUCGAUCGACUAGAAGAGGGUUUUGGAAGGAGAUAGGUUUGAAUGAGCCUAUUUUUACAAGCAAUGGAAAUGAAGUAGGGAUAAAAAACUAUCUUGUGUUCUAUGGUGAUCAUGAUCAUGAAGAUGGAUCAAAGGUUCAAACGAAUUGGGCAAUGGAGGAAUACCAUCUUCUCAAACCUAAUUCUCAAGUACAAGAUGAUAUAAAUGAUGAAUGGGUUCUUUGUCGAGUUCACGAAGAAAAUAUCGUUGAUUCUCAAGACAGAGAUUAUUUUCGUAGAAGUAGUAAUGUGAGUGAUGGAGUCGAGCUCUCAUACCUUGAUGAAAUCUAUUGCUCGAUGGAUGAUGAGCAAGACGAGAUAACUUUUCCGAAUUAGAUUUGAUUAUUAGCAAGAUUAGAGCUCUAGACACCUAUAAGUGUGUAUAUAUAUAUGUAUAGAUAUUAACUAUGACUAAUGAUCGAUCGAUGGAUCUAAGCUAGAAGAUUAAUUUUGCUUUAGAAGUUAAUUAAGAUGGUUCUUGGCUUGGUUACUGCUAGUUCAUAUGUUGAUAGAAGUUUGUUUGAAAACCUCGUUAAGGCGUUGAUGAAAUUAAAUAUAUGUCCUCGCCUGUGAAUAUUGA